CUCAAUCCGAAAAAGGGAAGGAAAUCAAGAGUAGCGGAGGCAGCUAUAGCGAAUCUUUAUCAUGGGGAAGUCCCGAACGUUAACUAACAGCACUGCUACGACUUCGGAGAUAAAAAGAGGGCCAUGGACUCCUCAAGAGGACAAGAAGCUCUUUGCUUUCAUUCAACAACAUGGCCAUGGAAGCUGGCGGUCCUUGCCCGAGAAAGCUGGUUUACAAAGAUGUGGGAAGAGCUGCAGGCUAAGAUGGAGAAACUACCUAAACCCUGCUAUUAAGAGAGGAAAUUUCAGUUUGCAGGAAGACCAGACCAUCAUUCAGCUUCAUGCACUUCUCGGCAACAGGUGGUCAGCCAUAGCUGCGAACUUACCAAGGAGAACAGACAAUGAGAUAAAGAACUACUGGAACACACAUCUAAAGAAGAGGUUAGCCAAGAUAGGGUUUGAUCCUGUAACCCACAGGCCCAAGACCGCCAUCCUUGCCUCUGCUAAUGGCGACCAGAAGAACCUCUCAAACCUCAGCCACAUAGCUCAGUGGGAAAGUGCUAGGCUUCAAGCAGAAGCUAGAUUUGUGAGACAGUCAAAACUACUCAAACCAGCACCACAGUGCCUUGACUUCAAUCUAAGAACAUGGGAAACCCUAAUGAUGUCAAAGUCAUUAGCUGCAGGCGGUGGAGGUGGCGACGAAGCCGGUGGUGUUGGUCGUGCAACUAAUGUUGUUCAAGAGGUUGGUUCAUUCGGUAAUUUUUAUGGUGUACUUCGUAAUAAUGGUAGACAGUUUGAGGCUCCAAAAUUAACCAAAUCAGCAGCUCCGGAUUUCAAUGGAGUUUCAGAGGAGAGUGGUACUGAUGAAUACGGUGACCUAUUUGAGACACUACUACCCCAGGAGAGCUACAAUAAUACUGGGUUUGAUGUCGUGGAUGCUUGGACUUUGGAACAAUGUAAUGAUAUCAGUGCAGACUAUCAAAAUGUGAUCAUGAGCGGGGGGUUGAAAAACCCAUUUAUGUUCCAGUAAGCUGACUAAGCUCUUGAGGAAAAUUAUGAUCUUCGAUCAACACCUGUCUCAAGUAAUAAAGCUAAUAGAGAGCAAGAGGAGGUGAUCAUGACUGGGCUUGAUUAUGAAUUAAUUAGUAUUAGUGAACUAUCCAUCUAUUUAACUAUAUAGUAUUGUACAUUA